AUGGCUCGCAAAUCUCUACUGUUUGGAUUUGCGAUCGCCAAGAGCGUAAGGGCUGCAGAUGUAGGCUACUACAUUUCGUCUUCUUGCAUUGAUCCCAGUGGUUUCUCGUCCUGCUACAGCAAUGCCAAUUCCUCAUACACAGACUGCGUUAACAGCAAUUGCGAAAACCAAAGCAUCGACUGCAUCAAUGCAUGUGAAUGCGUACGCUCGACAGACUACAUCGACUGCGCUGCCUCGAGCUGCUGGAAUCAAGUCUACAGCUGCGAAUAUCAGCUCACAGUUUCUGAUUUCAUCAAUUUUUGUGUCAAUCCAGAUUUGACCACGAUUCCAUAUUGGCCACCUCCAGAUAAUGCGCCAAUAGGAUGUUCAUGUCCAAUUGGGAAAGUGCAGUUAUCAAUUCUAUCUGAUGUCGCACAUUUGGAUAUGUGUACCAAUAAUCAGACAAAUCUGGACGAACUUUUAUCAGAGGAUGAUAUUGCCAACUAUGUGGACGCGUGUACUUGCUGUUAUCAGAGCGGAAUAUUAUCAGCAAUAUACGACAUCUGCCCUUCGACGCUACCCUCGCUCCUCGGUGCAGAUACUUACUUCGACUCCCUGUUCACUGAUACAGACUGGGAAUCGUGUAGUGUAUACCUCAAAGCCUACAACUGUACAUCCGAGCUAGGAUUUUCCUCUCCAGCAGGAAAUAUGACAGAUUAUUAUGGUCCAGGAGACUUUCCAGGGAAUGGAACAUUGGACUUAUUCGAUACCAAGGGCGAAGGAGAGAUGAGGACCCCGGCAAGUGGGAGUGUGUUUACUUGGACAGCAAAUGGUGUUGCAAGGACAGUGUCAGCUGUUGGCGUGACCGGGAGCGUGAUCGGAGGAGCGAGCGCUACGGCUGCAGAGACAGGAUCGGGGACAACAACGUUAGCUGCAAGCACGCCUUCGGACACCAGCGCUGCGUCGGUGUUCGAAGUGGGACUGUGGAGGUUGUUUGUUGUGUCCGCCGCGAUGUUGGUAUUUUGA